AUGGCCGUUCUAGGAGGUCACUUGUUGCGGAGUUUAGGUCGGAGAUCCGCCGAUUCCGCUCCCCAGCUUCCCCCUCACGCGGCGUUGUUACCAAUUUAUUUCCGCCCUCCCUUCCGGCGCCCCCCGGCCCUCAAAAUUGUCACGAGCAGCGAGUCGGUAGAGCUCGAUUUAGUCACGCCGGCGCUCAUCGGCACGGAGACCAGCGACGAGAGCGGCGGGUUCCGCUCAUGCGAACCAGCGCGGAUGGCGAAGAAAAUCACGAGCGCUUCCCCCGGCGAAUCUAGUAGCGUGAGCGCCGUGUCCGCUGGACAGCUCGGGCGGCGCGGCGCCCCCGAGGAAAUGGCAACCGUCGAAAAUCAUUCUUACGCCACGCCGUCGCCUGCGAACGAGCGUCCCCCUCCGUCCCUGCAUCGUCUGCGCGACGGCACCAGCGGAGGCGCCGCACUCGGCGCGUUCGUGGGCGGAAGCCUCCGCGCGGUCGAGCGAACGAUGGGCGCGGCGCUAGUAAGCGGCGGAGACAAGCAUUGCCCUGCGUCCGCCAACGCACGCCCGCGCAGCGGAGGAGGUGGAAUGCGGAUCCUGAACCAGGGGAGCAGCAGCAGCGCAAAUCAUGUUGUCCGGCGGAACAGCACCGGCGCGCACGCCGCCGGGUUCGACGGGGGACGAUUGAUGGCUGUGCCGGAUACUGUUGGAAGUCUGGCCAGGGCCAAGGGGAGAGCUCCGCGCUUUGUGCCUGCGAUGGAGCAUCGGCUCUUCUGCGGCCCUGACAAUGACCCGCAGUGCUUCCGCUGCUCUGCAGUGUCGUUCCCUCGACUGCAGCACUCGUCGGCUCACCAAGAGCUCGUGACAGAAUUGCCAGCGCAACCAGAAGCUGCACAGAAGCUUCCACUGCAGAAGCUGCCAGCUCAGGACUUGCAAGCACAGCAACUGUCAACACGGAACCUGCUGAAAGAGCAUUUGCCGCCGGAAAGGACUGCAGCAGCAGCAGCCAAGAUGGGCAUGGCAGGAGGGAGCAGGAUGCAUGCACCAGGUGCUUCUGUAUACGAUAGAUUUCGCCGCAACUUCCUCCAUGCUCGCCGGCCAAUGCUGGCGGCGUGCGCCGCGCGCCUGCGCGGGUCAACCGGCAUGGUCUGGGUAGAUCUGGGCGGCGGAACCGCGGAGAACGUUGAUAUGAUGGCGGAGUUCAUCGAUCUGUCCGCGUUCGAUAAGAUCUACGUGGUGGACAUCACGCCGUCGCUGUGCCGCGUGGCGGAGCAGAAGGUGAAGCAGCGCGGGUGGACCAACGUCGUGAUCGUCGAGGGAGACGCCUGCGCCUUCACGCCGCCGGAAAAGGCCACGCUGGUCACCUUUUCCUACUCGCUCUCCAUGAUCCCGCCUUUCAUGGACGCCGUGGACGCGGCGUCGGGGUACAUGGAGGAGGACGGCAUCAUGGGCGUGGCGGACUUCUUCACCUCCGCCAAGUUCGACCUGCCCAACCGGCAGCACACGUACAACCAGCGCUGGUUCUGGCGCUCCUGCUUCGACCUGGACGGCAUCGACCUCUCGCCCGAGCGCCGGCAUUACCUGGAGCACAAGCUGGAGACCGUGUACGAGUACAACGGCCAGGGCAAGAUCCCCUACGUGCCGUACCUGAGGGCGCCCUUCUACAUCUGGGUCGGACGCCGCAGAGACUGCCAGAAGGUCAACCUGGUGCGCUUCCCUGCUCGGGCAGCGGACGAUCUGGAGUUCAAGAUCCCGCCGGGCUUCCCCCCGACGUUCCUGUACUCGCUGUCGUGGGAGGACCCGCGCGAGGACGACAAGGUGUUGGACAUCAACCCCAGCGACACCAUCCUCACGCUCACGUCGGGCGGCUGCAAUGCGCUCGACCUCGUGUUGCAGGGAGCGGGCAAGGUGGUGGGGGUGGACAUCAACCCAGCGCAGAGCUACUUGCUGGAGCUGAAGCGAGCAGCCAUCCUGCGGCUGCCCUUUGAGGACGUGUGGAAGAUGUUUGGCGAGGGCGUCCAUGAGAACUUCCCCGAGCUGCUGGAGAGGGAGCUCGUGCCGUUCCUCAGCCAGGGCGCCACCAACUUCUGGCGGUGGAAGAAGUACUACUUCCGCAACGGCAUCUACUUCCACGGCGGCAUGGGUCGUCUCAUCCGUGCCGUGCGAGUCCUCGCCAAGCUCACCAGAAUGGAGAAGUGGAUUGACAACCUGGUCAAUGCCCCCUCUGUCGAGACCCAGUAUGAGAUCUGGACCAACACCAUCGGGCGAUGGCUCACGAGGGCCAACAUGUUUGCGCGCAUCUUUGGCUUCUUCUUCACCAACCGCGUGGUGCUCUGGUUCUGCGCCGGCAUCGCCCGCGGGCAGCUGCGCCUCAUCCGCAAGGAGGACAACGUCUACCGCUAUGUCGUCCGAUGCCUCGACUCCGUGGCAGAGACCACUUCCCUGCGCGACAGCAACUACUUCUACCGCUGCUGCCUGACCGGCCAAUUCUCACGCAACUGCUGCCCGCGCUUCCUGCAGGAGCCCUGCUUCAACAAGCUCAAGACGGAGCUCGCCGCCCGGGACUGCAUGCUCAUCUCAACGUCCUUCUUUGUGGAGGAGCUGCGAGCACGCAUGUACACCAAGGUCAUCCUCAUGGACCAUGUGGAUUGGCUGGGGCAGCGAGACAUUGACACGCUCUGCCAAGCACUCAAGGACCAAGUCAAGCCUGGAGGUCGUGUCAUCUGGCGCAGCGCGUCUCGCAACCCCGAGUAUGCCAAGGACAUUGAGAAGGCUGGAUUCAAGGUGGUGCAAGUGCGCUCCAUCACACAGCAGCAGUACAUGGACCGAGUCAACAUGUACGCCAGCUUCUAUGUCGCCAUCCGUAAUGGAGGCCCCGAGAACAUCCAGAUCUUCAAUGAGCCGCCCAACCCUCUUGCCCUCACCAACGGGACUGAUGCUGCCGCUCCUGCCACUAGCUCCUGA